AGUUAAAACGUCCCAUCAUCCAUGCUUAACCUCCCUGUAUUACAACCAAUUGAGCAUCAAACUAAACAACUUGAUUCAAAAAAAAAAAUAAAAAAAAAAUAAGACAGUCUCGCCAAGUUGAAAGUUAUCAGAAGAACACCCCCUCAUAAGGGAGAGUGCUUGGAACCAAGCAACCCAACAUGGUAGUCCUCUUUGCAUUCGGCUCAAAUGGAUCCGGCCAAUUAGGCAUCGGGCAUGAAGACGAUGUUUGUAUCCCGACAAGAUGCAUUUUCGACGAAGAAAGCGAUGGCAAAUCACCAGGGAGGUUAUCAGCAGGGGAAUCCAGCCCGCUAGACCACGGAAGCGGGAGGAGAAUUACACGCAUUGUCGCGGGUGGGAAUCACACUCUUCUCCUGCUUGAGAAUGGGGCGGUUUAUGCGGCUGGUUGUAACGAGGAUGGGAGGUGUGGGUGGGACCCGGAAGAUGAGAAUGGCGGGUGUUUGUUUUCGGUGUUCAAGCGGGUUGUUAUUAAGGUAUGUGAUGGGGGGGUGGAACGAGUGUUUACUUCAUUCAAGGGUGUGUCGGCGACUUGGGAGGGGACUUUUUUGGUUACGCGAUCGUCACUAUUAGAUGGAGAGAGAGAGAAUGUUUUUGUUUUUGGGUCUGGGGGCAAGGGAGAGCUAGGGUUGGGGAAGGACUGUGUGCGGGCUUCUCUUGCUUCAGGGGGCAUGAAGAUUCGGGAUUUCCCGCCCCGGGGCACAAGAAUUGUUUGUAUCGCGAGUGGGAUGGGACAUACCGUUGUGGUAUUGUCGAAUGGGGAGGUGUAUGGAUGGGGCGCCGCGAGGAAGGGCCAACUGGGCGCUUCUGCUGUGGCGCAGAAGAUCGUGUGGUCGCCGAUGAGGAUUGAGGGGAUCCCGUUUCACGUCACAGGCGCUACUUGCGGUCGAGAGUUUACUGUUUUAAGUGGUGACAGGGAUGCUGGGGAAUUCGCUGUCCUGGGAGGAUCUGCUGGGAAUAAAUGGAAUAUUCUGUCUGACGUCCCCAGCUCUGAGACUGUGAAGGGGUAUGUGAGGAUGGAUGCUAGCUGGCAUGGUGUCUAUGUACAUCAAGGAGAUCUGUCCGUCCAUGCUUGGGGACGAAACGAUCGUGGGCAGCUCCCACCCGCGGAUCUGCCCAAAGCCAGAAAGGUGGCAGUGGGUAGUGAGCAUGUUCUUGCUUUGCUAGAGGAUCCGACUGUUGUGGCGUUUGGUUGGGGUGAGCAUGGCAAUUGUGGUCCCGAUACGGAUGCACAAGGGAAUGUCAACGGUGUGUAUAGUCGGAUUUCUUUGCCCAACGAUGUUGAAGCGGUUGAUGUUGGGGCGGGUUGUGCGACUAGCUGGAUUAUGGCUUCAUAAUGUCGCCGGGAACGGGUGGUCCAAGAAGGUUGCUUUGCCAUAACCUCCCUUCUCAGAACCUUGCCGCUCCCAAUCUACACCACCUGGGGUGAGGCAGAUUUAAAAAAGGGCCCUCAGUCGAAGAGGCCAAGUCCGUGCAGCUACGAGAGUCAGCCCAGUCUUGAAGUGAACGGGUGCAACAUACCUGUGACAUGCGCUGUGUUGGCGGAAUACCCGUUUCUGCCUCCUGACUCAAGUCCAUUUGCUCAUUGCCUCCCUUGAAGCUAGGCUCAGUAUCUCGUAGGCGGAGACCAAUGCUAUCGAAAUU